GUUAAUUACAGUAUUCACUAAUCCGCGGGGGGUAUGGCUGACGACUAGUUAUCACAGUCUUCCAUCCAAUCAGAAUCCAGUUGGCUCAGUAAGGUAAUAAGCCAGGUUUUGCACACCAUCCUCUGGUUCAGUGCUGACAAGUUUGUGUCAUAUCAACGCCUCUAGACCUUAAUAUCGUACGAUAGACAUUAGAAACAGCGAGUGAACUGUUAAAAAGUGUCUGCGAUCAUGAACUCCACAUCUACACACCCUCUUGAACUCAAGAUUCUGUUCUAUUCUGCAUUCAUCAUUGCCUUUCCUCUCAUUAUUGUCGGUAACGUGUUGGUGAUUCUAUCCAUCAUAUUUCACAGACGUCUACGUACAACGACUAAUGCUYUAGUCUUCAGUCUUUCAUUGGCUGACUUACCAGUAGGGCUUAUAAUCUUUCCUCUCAUCAGUGUCACGCAGAAGUAUGGGCCCACCAUGUCUCCUAAGGUUGGGUUAGGACUUUGUCACKUGUCUAUAUUCAUGACGCAAGUUUUCCUCAGCGCUUCUUGUCUUCAUCUGUUGUUCAUCAGUGCUGAUAGAUUUAUAGCCAUUACGAAAGCACUUCGAUACCAGGUACUUGUGACGAGUCAUCGGGUASGUCUGGUUAUUGCCUUCAUCUGGGUUCUCUCAGUGUUCGCACCACUUCUACCAUUCUUUGGAUGGCGUAUUAUCACGGAACGAACCCAGGGGGGGUUCUGUCAGUACCAUCUGAACCUCGACAUCACGUAUAUUCUCUUCCUUCACGUGUUCGUCUGCAUCACACCAAUAACUGUCACGUGUGUUGCAUAUAUACAGAUAUUCAUUAUUGCAAGGCGACAGGCUUUAAAGAUUGCUAGUACUGAUAUUAACGUGAGUGAACGCGAGCGACAACAGCGGCGUCUGGAGAAAGAGCGUAAAAUCACCCUUACAGUUGCUAUAGUGGUGGGUGUAUUUAUCCUGUGCUGGGGUCCUCUCAACAUCCUGCUUCUAAUCUAUGCAGUUUGUCAUCAAUGUGUCUCAUCCCUAGUGGUAGAGGGUGUUGAGAUCUUGGCUCUCAUGAACUCUGCUUGCAAUYCUCUGAUUUACAGCGCGUGUAACAAGGAUUUUAGGAAGGCGUUCAAACGUCUCCUCUGCUGUCGGUUUGGACGUGUUUGGGAUAAUACAGGAAUAAACUACGAUAACACUGACACUCGUAUCGGACAAUCAGAGAUGAGGAAAAACCCUGACCCACCCCACCCAUCAUAAUUCUGCCAAGGAACAGCCCGACCCACCCUACCCGUGACAAAUCUGCCAAGGAACAGCUUGAAACACCCCACUCAAUAAUAGUAAGAAGGUUUUACGAAUCUCCAAUUAAUGAACAUAUUUCAAAAAGUUUAAUAAAGUUUUAGUAAAUUAUCAAAGUUAACUGAAUUUAUUAGAUAAUGAAUACUGGAUAAAACGUGACCUAGUAUGUUGCU